UUCCGGCGCACGCUGAGCUGCCGCCGUCGACGGGCCGGAGGUCACGGAGCCGCUGCCGCCGCCGUCCGUCCCGCGUGUGCGCCCGGUUCAGCCGCCGCCAUGGGGAUCCUGGAGAAGAUCUCCGAGAUCGAGAAGGAGAUCGCCCGCACGCAGAAGAACAAGGCCACGGAGUACCACCUGGGGCUGCUGAAAGCCAAGCUCGCCAAGUACCGGGCCCAGCUGCUGGAGCCGUCCAAGUCGUCCUCCAAAGGCGAGGGCUUUGACGUCAUGAAGUCGGGCGAUGCCCGUGUGGCACUGAUCGGCUUUCCCUCUGUGGGUAAGGCCGGGACCGGGACAAGGUCCAGGGUCCCCAGCAGAAGCAGGACCGAAGGCCGGGUCUCUCGGCCCCGGUCACACGCGGCCAGCUCCCCCCGUGGACCAGCGCACGGGGCCCCGUCUGGAUCCGUCCCCACUCACCCUUCCUCCCUCGCAGCCCUGAGCCACCGGCCGGCUCUGUCUCAGGCCGGAGGGUCCCCACGUCCUUGCCCUCCCGGGAGCAGCAGCUUUGUGCCGUGGGGCCAUCACCUGCUUCACGUUCUCUGGGCCCAGGGGGGUCUGGGGGGUUCGUGGAGCUGGGGAUGGGCCCUGAUGUGGUGGGAGAACCGCCUCAGGAACCAGGUCCCUGUGUCUACCCGAGAUAGGCCCGAGGCCUCGGGCACGGGGGGGCCUCUGCUCUUGACCCCCCCGGGCGGGGCCAAAGGUGACUUUUCCAGCUGUUCUCAUCACACCACCUCCAGGGCAAUGGGGUGGGUUCCCUGCGUCGCAGGCCCCCAGCGCGUGGGCUUCUCUGGGAGGUGGGGCGAGACUCCCGCGGCAACCACCUCCUUUCUCCAGUCCACCUUCCUGAGCCUGAUGACCUCCACGGCCAGCGAGGCUGCGUCCUAUGAGUUCACGACCCUGACCUGCAUCCCUGGGGUCAUCGAGUACAAAGGCGCCAACAUCCAGCUGCUGGACCUUCCUGGAAUCAUCGAAGGCGCAGCACAAGGGAAAGGCCGCGGGCGGCAGGUGAUCGCCGUGGCGCGCACGGCCGACGUUGUCGUCAUGAUGCUGGAUGCCACCAAGGGGGAGGUGCAGAGGUCUCUGCUGGAGAAGGAGCUGGAGUCGGUCGGCAUCCGCCUCAACAAGCACAAGCCCAACAUCUACUUCAGGCCCAAGAAAGGAGGAGGCAUCUCCUUUAACUCGACGGUCACGCUGACCCAGUGCUCGGAGAAGCUGGUGCAGUUGAUCUUGCACGAGUACAAGAUCUUCAACGCAGAGGUGCUCUUCCGAGAAGACUGCUCCCCGGACGAGUUCAUAGACGUGAUCGUGGGCAACCGCGUGUACAUGCCCUGCUUGUAUGUUUAUAACAAAAUCGACCAGAUCUCGAUGGAGGAAGUGGACCGCCUGGCCCGGAAACCCGACAGCGUGGUCAUCAGCUGUGGCAUGAGGUUGAACCUGGACUACCUGCUGGAGAUGCUCUGGGAGUACCUGGCCCUGACCUGCAUCUACACCAAGAAGAGAGGCCAGAGGCCGGACUUCACGGACGCCAUCAUCCUCCGGAAGGGGGCCUCUGUGGAGCACGUGGUCCUCCAGCGCCUGCAGCCCCACAGCCCACUGGGGGCCUGGAGGUGGGACGUGGGCGCGCCGGAGCUCACUGCCCACUCUCCCCCAGUGCCACCGCAUCCACCGCUCGCUCGCCAGCCAGUUCAAGUACGCGCUAGUGUGGGGCACCAGCACCAAGUACAGCCCACAGCGGGUGGGCCUGACGCACGCCCUGGAGCACGAGGACGUCAUCCAGAUCGUGAAGAAGUAGCGCCCGCCCCCGCCCCCAGCGGGACUCGCCGGAGCCCAGGCGUGGGCUCACACCUCUGCCGCUUCUAGACACUUCUCCAGUGGGCAGGUGGUGGGGCGUGUGUGGGGCCGAAGGACAAGGCUGGGGCUGGGCUGGGCUGGGCUGGUGGCGUUUCCUGUGAGACGGGCCCCCGGAAGGGGUCCUGCGUUUGGAUCCCUGGGCCUGUGCCACCGCGCCCCCUGCCCCUCCAGCGCAGAGGAAGCAAGCUGCUCGCCUGCCCCCAGCCGGGGCCUGGUGCAGAGGGCUGGCUCAGGGCAGGCAGGGAGCCAGGCCUGCCUGGGUCCCUGGAGGCCCCUUGGCUUCUGCCAGCUUCUCUGGUUCUCAGGGCGGGGCCGCCCAGGACAGAAGCCCCAUCCACCCCUCCGCAGGGCAGCCCCAGAGCUCUGGGGCUUUCAGAGGCGCAGCUCACACCCACCACAGCCUGACCAGUCCAGGAAGACCACCCCUCCCAGGGCAGUCCCUGCCUAGCACAGAGCCCAGGACCCAGCCUGGGGCAGGGAGUUUGCCGUCUGGGCUCUGCAUUUUCUAAAUCCCCCCCCCCCCCCCCCCCCCAAAAAAAAAAAAAUCUGAGCUCUCCUUCCUGAAAUAAAAGUUGAAAACAGUU